AUUGCGGAUUCUGUGAUUGAUUAUGUAGCCCAACUUUCUCCCCCCUCCCUUAUCUAUUUAUCGGUGAUCGAUUGUGUUUGAGUUCCACAAAAGAUGGCGGACCGAGCGCCAGGAGGCUCUCAUAAAGCUAGCGCUAAGGCGCUGCUGGAGAGCAAACUGAAGUCUUUCAGCAUAGGAAAAAUGUCCGUUACAAAGAGGACCCUAAGCAAAAAAGAGCAAGAUGAGAUCAAGAAAAAGGAGGACGAGCGUGCAGCAGCAGAAAUCUACGAGGAGUUUCUUGCCGCUUUUGAAGGAGGCGGGGAGGGAAAAAUCAAAGCUUUUGUCCGCGGUGGAAUUGCAAAUGCCACAAAAGAGGAAGCAGCAGCAGAUGAGAAGAGAGGAAAACUGUACAAGCCCAAGUCCCGCUUUGAGGCACAAAGCAAAAGCAUCUUGCCCUUGCAAAGUCCACCUCAGUUCAUAGCAGUGGACAAACGACAUCCUGUGAAGAAAGGGAACGAGAAGGAAAAGAAGAAGAGCAACUUGGAGCUGUUCAAGGAGGAACUUAAACAGAUCCAGGAGGAGAGGGAUGAGAGGCACAAGCUGAAAGGGAGAGUUAGUCGGUUUGAACCUCUUGGCGGCGCAGAGGGAAGACGUUCAUCGGAUGGUUCUUCACGAAGAAACCGUCCAUCCAGUGUUCUGGAUGACUGCGCACCCGGCUCGCACGAUGUUGGCGACCCGUCCACCACUAACUUGUAUUUAGGAAACAUCAAUCCACAGAUGAACGAGGAGAUGCUGUGUCAGGAGUUUGGACGCUAUGGACCGCUAGCCAGCGUGAAGAUCAUGUGGCCCAGGACGGACGAGGAGAGGGCACGGGAGAGGAACUGUGGCUUUGUGGCCUUCAUGAACAGGAGAGAUGCAGAGAGAGCCCUAAAAAACUUGAAUGGAAAGAUGAUCAUGAACUUUGAGAUGAAGCUAGGAUGGGGCAAAGGUGUUCCCAUUCCACCACACCCCAUCUAUAUCCCUCCUUCCAUGAUGGAGCACACGCUCCCGCCGCCUCCCUCAGGCCUCCCCUUCAACGCACAGCCCCGCGAGAGGCUAAAGAAUCCCAAUGCCCCCCUGCUGCCCCUCCCCAAAAACAAGGAGGACUUUGAGAAGACUCUGUCGCAAGCCAUAGUCAAAGUGGUUAUCCCAACAGAAAGGAAUUUGCUCUCUCUCAUCCACCGAAUGAUCGAGUUUGUGGUGCGUGAAGGCCCAAUGUUUGAAGCCAUGAUCAUGAACCGAGAGAUCAACAACCCCAUGUACAGGUUUCUGUUUGAGAACCAGAGUCCAGCGCAUGUUUACUACCGCUGGAAGCUGUACUCCAUCCUGCAGGGUGAAGCUCCAGUCAAAUGGCGAACGGAUGACUUUAGAAUGUUCAAAAAUGGCUCCCUGUGGCGCCCACCUCCUCUCAAUCCAUACCUGCACGGUCCGUACGACGAUGAUGAGGAGGAGGAUGAAGAUGACGAGUCCAUCAAGAAAGGCUGCUUGAAAGAAGAUGAGCGAGACAAGCUGGAGGAGAUGCUGCGCGCUUUGAGCCCCAGGAGGGGCGACGUGGCGGAGGCCAUGUUGUUUUGUCUCAAUCACGCUGAAGCUGCUGAAGAGAUUGUGGAAUGUGUCGCAGAAUCUCUUUCCAUCCUCAAGACUCCUCUGCCCAAGAAGAUUGCUCGCUUGUAUCUGGUGUCUGACGUGCUUUACAACUCCUCUGCCAAAGUAGCCAACGCGUCCUACUACAGAAAAUACUUUGAGAACAAGCUCUGUCAGAUCUUUUCCGAUCUCAACGCCACCUACAAAACCAUCCAAGGUCACCUGCAGAGUGAGAACUUUAAGCAACGUGUGAUGGCGUGCUUCCGAGCGUGGGAGGAGUGGGCCGUGUAUCCCGACCCUUUCCUCAUCAAGCUGCAGAACAUCUUCCUGGGUCUCGUCAACUUGGCCGCCGACAAGGAGCCCGUUCCAGCGCCGGUCGAGGCGGAGCCAACGGAGGACAUCGAUGGCGCUCCAAUAGGUGACUAUGUGGACGGCUCCCCACUAGAAGAUGUGGAUGGGGUCCCCAUCGACGGGGGGGCCAUUGACGGUGCCCCGAUCGACGGGGCGCCCUUGGACGACCUGGAUGGCGUUCCUAUUAAGCAGACAGAGGAAGACAUUGAUGGCAUUCCCUUCGACCAGUCCAAGGAGGCCACCUUUAAGGUGGCGCCCUCCAAGUGGGAAGCUGUGGAUGAGUCUGAGCUGGCGUCUCAAGCUGUGACAACCUCCAAGUGGGAAGCUUUUGAACAGCCUGAAGAAACGAAAAAGUACGUGGACAACAGCGACGACGAGAGGAGCCCCCGCUCAGUGGACACGCCCGGUUAUUCCGUCAGGGAUGACAUGGACUUGAAAAUGAACGAGGAGAAGCGCACCAAGCUACGGGAGAUAGAGGUUAAGGUGAUGAAGUUCCAGGAUGAGCUGGAGUCAGGGAAGAGGCCCAAGAAGACUGGCCAGAGCAUUCAGGAGCAAGUGGAACAUUACAGAGACAAACUACUGCAGAAGGUAGGAGAGACCUUUACAUUCACGGGUUUUAUUCAGAGUGUUUUUCCCCAUCGUGCUGCUGGCGUCCUGCAGGAGAAAGAGAAGGAGAAGCUGGAGCGUGAGAAAGAGAGGGAGAAGAAGGACAAGGAGAAAGUCGAGGCUCGCCUGAAAGAUUUGAAGAAGGAGAAGGAAGACACGCCCACCAGAAAAGACAAAUAUGUGUCUCCUGCGCUUGACAGGAAGCGCCGUCACAGCGGCUCCCCUAGUCCCACACGCAGCAGCAGCCGACGAGGACGCUCGUCGUCUCCUCGCUCGGAGAGGUCUGAGCGUUCGUACUCUAAAGACACGUCGACUCGUUCAUCUCACAAAGACUCUCCUCGAUCUUCCAGCAAAAAGUCCUCAAAGAGAUCUCCGUCAUCACCUCGCACACCCAAACGGUCCAGGCGGUCGCGCUCUAGGACGCCCAAGAAGUCAGCAAAGAAGUCUCGCUCCAAGUCCAGAUCCCCGCACAGAUCCCACAAAAAGUCCAAGAAGAGCAAACACUGACGCUGAGGAAGACAAUGAAGGUGGCGUCCUUGCUGUUUUAUAUUGUACAAAAUGUCUCGUGUCCUCAUGGCCUGCCACAGUGUGAAGACAAUAGUCUGCUGUUCUUUUGUAGUCCUCAUCAGUUAUUAUUCCUAAUAAAAAGUUCAUUUCUAAUCAGG